AGGGCCAGCAGGAUCCAGGCAGCGGCGGGGGACGGCUCCCGGACCCCUCCUCGGCGCAGCGGGCUCCGCUCAGGUGCUGAGAGGCGGCGGCCCCCGGCCCCACGAUGCCGUCCAGCGGGAGCCUGGACACCGGCAGCCCCGCGCCCAGCCGCGAGGCGCUCGACACGCACAAGGGGGAAGAGGAGCCCGAGGAGAACUCCAGCAAGGAGGAGAAGCAGGAGCCGGGCACGCCCAUGAGGAAAGCCGGGCGGCCCGGGCGGAAGCGCAAGCAUGCCCAGGCGGAGAGCAGUGACACCCCCAAGGACACGGCGGCCGUCCCCAAGUGCCCCCCGCCCUGCCCCGAGGCCAGCCCCGCCGAGCCGCUGCCCAACGGGAACGCGGAGGGCGACGCCGAGGAGGCCGGGGCCAGCCCCAAGGGCGGCCGGCCCGAGGAGGACGAGACGGAGAGCCUGGCGGAGGGGGAGACGGGCCGGGCGCUGGAGAACGGCCGCUGCACGCCCAAGGAGGGGCUGGACGCGCCGGCCGAGGAGGGCGAGCUGGCCCCGUCCGACCCCCAGAAGAAACGCGGCAGGAGGAAACUCCUGGAGGCCACGGAGAAAGGCAAGGACGAGAAGGAGGAAAACAACUUCGACACCCUGAAAAUGGAGGGCUCGCGCGGGCGGCUCCGCGGCGGGCUGGGCUGGGAGUCGAGCCUGCGGCAGCGGCCGAUGCAGCGGCACACCUUCCAGGCCGGGGACCCCUACUACAUCAGCAAGAGGAAGCGCGACGAGUGGCUGGCACGCUGGAAGAGGGAGAGUGACCGCAGCCCGGUGUCCGUACUGGGCCGAACCGGGCACUGUGACCGCAGCCCGGUGUCCAUCCUGCCGUGCCCGGCCGGUGCCGCCGGACCGCUGCCCCCCCCACCCCCGCCCAGUCCCCAACUGGUGGCACUGGGGACACUGGUGCCGGGGGCGGGGGCGGCUCCAGCCGUGCGGGGCGAGGCCCCCGGGGCGCCGCCGCCCCCGCCCCGUCCCGGCGCUCGGCACAAAGGCCGGGGGGCCGCGGCCCCGGGACAAAAGGCGGCGGGAGCGGCCCCGCGGCGUGCGGCGCAGCCCAGCCCGGAGCGGAGCACGGCCCGUGAGUACCGGGAGGGCCGGGCCGGCACCGGGGCACCGGCGGGACAGCGGGGCCGGGGCGAGGAGCACCGGCACGGGGACUGGGGCCACACCGGGAGGGCACCGGGCAAGCGGGACCGGGACCGGGCCGGAGCGCUCGGGGCCGUUCGGCCCCGUUCGGUUCCUUGCCGGGAGUCCACUCGGCUUCGUUCGGUUCUGUCGGAACCGUUCGGGUCCACGCGGGAGCGUUCGGACCCGUCCCGGAGGCCGCUCGGCUGCCUUCGUUCUUCUCGACUCCACUCGGUUCCGCUCG